AUGAUUUCACAUAUUNUAUAGAUAAAUUAAUUGUAUCUAGAAAUUGAUAGAUUAAAUAAGUGUUUGUUGGAUAUGUCUUUAGAAUUAGAUCAAUAUAAACAUAAAUUAUAUAUGGCAACUGAUAAAUAAGCAAGAUAAUAAGCAGAAAUAGAUAUUGAUAAAAUGAGAGCGAUUAUGAUAGAGAAUGAAGCCAUGUUAAAUGCUGAAAUUGUUAGACUAAGAGAUUAAAACGAAGAAAUCUCUAAAAGAUAUCGUAUUCUAGAAUUAUCUAUGGUUGAUAGUAGACAUCAAUUGUCACUUAAGGAAUAUGAAGCUACUCUCUCUUAAUUAAGAUAAGAAAUUGAUAGAGCUUAAUUCUCAAUUAACAGUUAAAGGGCAGAAACUGAAGAAUGGAAAUUAAAAUAUCAAAGACUUGAAGCAUAAUUAAGAGAUUCUGCUUAAUAUGAAGUUGAAAUUAGGAGAUUAAAAGAAAUGGUUGAUAAUCGAAAUAGAGAAAUUGAAUCACUUAAAUUAAAUUCUUAAUUUGAAAAUGAUGGUAAAUUAUAGAAUUUAUAACUUGAAAUUGAGAGAUUAUAGAAUGAAUUGAGAUAAAAGAAUGAUGAAACUAAUCGUUUAAGAUCAUAAAUUUAAUAAUAAGAAUUAACUAUUAAAUAUUUAAAUAGUAAGAUUACAGAAUUAGACAAUAAGAUUUUAUAAAUGAAAUAAGAAAAUGAUUCUCUUAAAGCCAAUUAAAUGAGUUUUAAACAAUCUUUUUAAUCUAAUAAUGAAGACAAAGAAUAAAUUGAUAGACUUAGAAGUUAAAUUCAAUAAUUAAAUAUUGAAAUUGAAGAUUGGAAAUCUAAAUAUAAUGAAUUAGAUAAAAUGUAUCAAGAUCUAGAAUAUGAAUAUUAAAAUAACAAUACAAGUUAUGAAGAAGUUACAAAACUUACAAAUGAUGUUUCAAUUUGGAAGAAUAAAUUCUAAGAAUUAAACAGAGAAUAUCAUUAAGUCUAAGAAGAAUUGGUUGUUGCUACUGCAGAAUUAGAUUCAUUAAAGAAAAAGUAGAACGAACUGUCCAAAUCAGGAGUUCGAUCUAAUGCAGCAUCUUAUAGACCUGGAUAGGUAUUUAUAUAUAAUCUAUUCUUCUCUAGUAUCCUGAUGUAUUUCCAUAGUCACAGAUCUGA